UGCUCGUUGAGAGCAAGCAACUAGAAGAUAGUUUCGUUCGAGAGCAUCACACUUGAGCUUAGAAUCUUGAACUUGCCUCCUCCUCACAUUUUCUUACGUUAUUUCGACUUCCUCAUGUAUUAGAGAGGUUGAGUAUAAAAAUCAAACAUUCUAUAAAAAAAAAAAAAAUCAAUUGACAGGGAAGAGACAGUGCUCCGGGAAACAAGCCACUUCAAGCAGGGAGGAAGUUUAAUUUUUAUAAGAAUGAAGCCAUGCAUGACGGCUCUAAGACAAGUGAUGAUUCAACCAUUGUUAAACUUCCAAGGUAUAUCCGCCGGUUUAAACAUGGUCGACGUUCCUUUUUUCCGGCGAAAAGACAAGGUCAUUUUCGUCAUGGGAGCCACCGGAACUGGAAAAUCCCGUCUCGCCAUCGACCUAGCCACUCGUUUUCCGGCGGAGAUCGUUAACUCCGACAAGAUCCAAGUCUACAAAGGUCUCGACAUCGUCACCAACAAAGUCACUCCCGAGGAAAGCUUAGGCGUCCCUCACCACCUCCUCGGCACCGUCGACAACAUCUACGACGAUUUCACGGCGGAGGAUUUUCAGAGGGAAGCAAUCAGAGCCGUCGAAUCAAUCGUCGAGAGAGACCGUGUCCCGAUCAUAGCCGGUGGUUCCAAUUCUUACAUCGAGGCUUUGGUCAACGGUUGCGUUGACUUUCGGUUAAGGUACAAUUGUUGCUUCUUGUGGGUCGAUGUCUCUAGACCGGUUUUACACUCGUUCGUCUCGGAGCGAGUCGAUAAGAUGGUUGAGAUGGGACUCGUCGACGAGGUUCGCCGCAUAUUCGAUCCGUCGUCGUCGGAUUACUCUGCCGGAAUCCGCCGUGCGAUCGGAGUUCCGGAGCUCGACGAAUUUCUUAGGGCGGAGAUGCGGAAUUCUCCGGCGGAGACGACGGAGAGGCUUCUGGAGACGGCGAUCGAGAAAAUCAAGGAGAACAAUUGUUUGCUUGCGUGUAGGCAAAGGCAGAAGAUUCAGAGGCUUUACAAGCAGUGGAAGUGGAAUAUGCACCGCGUCGACGCGACGGAGGUUUUUCGCCGGCGAGGAGAAGAAGCCGAAGAGGCUUGGGAGAACACGGUGGCUCGCCCUAGCGCACGCGCCGUCGAACGGUUUCUUAACUACGGAGAUGAUCACCAUUUGGACGGCGCAGAUAUUCUAAUACCGGAAAUAGCCACCGUUUCGCCGCUUCCAGCCGCCGUGGCGGCGAUUUCCCGGUGAGAAAAGAAAGGAACGAUCAUCACGAUCAAUGUACAUGAUGGGAAGAAAAAGGGAAGUUUAAGAUAGAAAGGAACCAUAAUAAUGCCACGUGGCGAUAAUGGUCGGAAGGAGAUAAAUCCACGUGGCGAGAUGGGUUGCUGUCGGAGUUUUUAUUAUUAUUUUUUUUAGUGUGUUACGGUUUAACGGAAUCAGUUUUGAGGGAGUUGAAGUACACGCGCGGAGCGAUGCUAACAGUUUUCCUUUUGUUUCCGGUAUAGUUGUUACCUAUGUAGGAUCUGGUGCGGAAUAGUGUACGAACAUACGGUGGAUAGGCUAGGUUAAGACAAAAAGAGGUUGUUGGUCAACGCGGUUUUGUCAAAAGAAAAGAAAAGAAUAAGGAUCCAACGGACUAAAAAAUUGUUGGACACCGACCCCACUUCUUGACGGCGGAUUGCCGUCCGAUUUGUGUUGGGUCCCCCAGUUGUGGCAUGAUGUGGUUAAGUAAUUCAAUCAAACGGCUGUGAAGUGGUUAUGUUACUUGGUUAUAUAAAUUGUCUUUGUUCA